AGUGAAGAUAGCCUGCUGCUUAGACAGGACUGGACACCUCUGAGUCCCUUCUCUUGUAAGGAAGCAGUGGUUUGCAGCCAUCUCACAGAGUCUGUCUGAAGCCUCUCGUCAACAUGCCUUCAACCUGCACCUCUAUCAUCAACUUGCGUUACCAAGAUGGCAGCGAGGGGAGCCCCACCAACCCUGCCAAGUUCAACCACCAGGACUACGUGCAGCUGAGAGAUACCCACCAGCGCAGACAGAGGCUGUUUGUGGACAACACCUUUCCCCCUAACAGCCAGUCUCUGGGAGACCUGCCCGACAUGAGCUACCGGCGUCAAGCCCAAGUGGAGUGGCUUCGACCAGCAGACAUCUUGAAACUGCAAAACAACAACGAUGAGCCAACUUUCUUAAGCAAAGGAGCCUCACGCUUUGACUUUGCUCAAGGCAAUGUGGGUAACUGCUGGUUUCUGGCUGCCCUUUCCUCACUGACAAUCCACAAAGGCCUGUUGGUGCAAGUUGUGCCCAUGGACCAGACCUUCGAGAACUACGCAGGGAUAUUUCACUUCAGGUUCUGGAGGUUCGGCAAGUGGGUGGAUGUUGUCAUUGAUGACUACCUGCCCACAAUCGACCACCAGCUACUGUCCGUGCGCUCCAAAAGUGGAAAUGAGUUCUGGGUUCCUCUGCUGGAGAAAGCAUAUGCCAAAGUGUGUGGUACAUACGCGGACAUGAACGCUGGGUUGCCAUCAGAGGCCUGCAAGGAUUUCACUGGAGGCGUGCACAUGACUUACGAACUCCACAAUGCCCACUCUGCAGGCCAUGAUGUCGAGCUGUGGAACGCGCUGAGCAGAGCCACCGAGUGCAAGUCCAUGAUUUGCUGCGGGACUGCCCCAGGAGGGGGCACGAUUGUGAACAGCGUAGAGGCUAAUGGCAUCGUGAAUCAACAUGCCUAUGCUGUCACAGCAGUCACUGAGGUGGAGUAUUAUGGCUCCAACGUGAAACUGGUGCGACUCUUAAAUCCUUGGGGCAGAAAAGAGUGGAACGGAAAGUGGAGUGACAAGUCUGACAUGUGGAAUAGAGUGAGCCCAGAAGAUCGGGAGAAGUGUUUUGACCGCAACGAUGGAGAGUUCUGGAUGGAGUUGGAGGACUUCUGUGAAAAUUUCUACGACUUGUUCAUCUGCUGUGAGAACCCCAACUUUAUUGAUGGCGACCUUACCUGCCAGUGGCAGUGCAUGACUUACGAUGGCAGCUGGGUAGCAGGGAGAUCUGCAGGUGGCAACGCAUCUUACCCUUCCUUUGAGACAAAUCCUCAGUAUCGCAUACAGGUGACUAAAAUAGACAGGGACGAGAAAGAAGACAAAAACGUCCUAUUCUCUCUGAUGCAGAAACCUCAGCAGCAGCACCGCAAAGGGCAAACGUCCUACCCAAUUGCAGUUACAGUCUAUAAGGUUCCACCAGGGACACCACAAGGACGCCUGAGGUCCUCCUUCUUCAACAGAAACAUGCCGUUGAAGUACACACAGCUUUACACCAACAAAAGGGAUCUGAUUGAGCAGCACAGUCUGGAGCCUGGAGAGUACGUGGUCAUUCCCUCCACCAUGAGACCCCACAUGUCUGCAGACUUUGUUCUCACUGUUUUCACCAAGUCUGAGGCAAAGAUCAGUCCCCAUGAUGGCGAUGAUGAUGAUCAUGAUCAUGACCACGACCACGAAAACGAGGAGAACUUGAUUCUUCCCGAGCUACCAACUGACAAAGAGGAUGAGAAGGAGGACAACACUGACAGGGAUCCCACCCUUGCCAUGUUCAACCGCUACGCUGAUCAGUAUGGUGAGCUGAAAGCCAGACAGCUCCAGAAGCUCCUGAAUAACAACUUCCCUCAUGGCAAUGGCAGGAACGGCUUUAGUUUGGAUACCUGCAGGAGCAUGAUCGCCGCGGUGGAUGUCGACCAACGGAUGAAGAUGACCUUCACUGAAUUCUCAACUCUCUGGGAGAAGAUUAAUGAGUACAAGAAAAAAUUUUAUCAUGCAGAUUUGAAUAAGAGUGGAGCUCUGUCCGACUACGAGCUCCAGCAGGCAAUUGAUGCUGCAGGAUUUAAUGUGAACGACAUCUUGGUGAGGCUGCUGAUGUUCCGGUAUACGGAUGAAACAGCUACCACCAUGGAGAGCUUCAUCACUCUCAUGUUACGUCUGGACAAGGCGUCAGAUGUCUUCAAGGGCAAAUCAUCUGAUGGAGUGAUCUACUUGAACUGGGAUGAGUGGUCUACCUUCUCCACGUACAACUAAACCAAAGCCGACACGGGAGCACAGGAGACACCCAAGAGACGAGUCCUGCAACCAUAAGCUGCUUUCAUUACAACUGAUGUCCUCCUGUGUAAAACCUGUGAAGCAGUAACAUGUUCUGAAAUAAACGUUGUUACCUUCCAAACUA